UGGUUAUUGCUCCAAGGGCGACAGUUGAAUGGCGAUGUUUGCUUGUGUUAGAGAUUUUGUGGCGCCAAUUACGCUACUUUCUUAUUUCACGUAAUUUAUUUAACUAUUUGCGAAAAUGCCAGCAUUUCUAAAGCAUAUUGAAGUCGACAACUUUAAGUCUUACAAAGGGAAACUUAUUAUUGGUCCGCUGAAAUCUUUUACGGCGGUGGUCGGCCCCAAUGGAUCUGGAAAAUCAAAUUUUAUGGAUGCCAUUAGUUUUGUUAUGGGUGAGAAAACUAGCAGCUUACGAGUAAAGAGAUUCAGCGAACUUAUUCAUGGUGCAUCCAUUGGAAUGCCGGUGGCACGAAGUGCUUCUGUAACAGCAGUAUUUGAAUUAGAAGAUGGAUCUGAGAAAAGCUUUAUGCGUUCUGUACUAGGUUCUUCUUCAGAACAUAGGAUAAAUAGUGAUGUUGUCACCAGUCAAGUGUAUCUGAAUGAAUUGGAGCAGCUUGGUAUCAAUGUAAAAGCAAAAAACUUCUUGGUAUUUCAAGGUGCAGUGGAAUCCAUAGCUAUGAAGAAUCCUAAAGAACGUACUGCUCUCUUUGAAGAAAUUAGUAAUUCUGGUGCAUUAAAGGCAGAAUAUGAAAGGUUGAGAACAGAAAUGUUGAAAGCUGAAGAAGAAACUCAAUUUUCCUAUCAGAAGAAGAAAGGAAUUGCUGCUGAGAGAAAAGAAGCAAAAUUGGAAAAAGAAGAAGCUGAAAAGUAUCAACGUCUUAAGGAAGAAUAUGUAGAAAAGCAAGUUGAGUUGCAAUUGUUUCGAUUGUUUCAUAAUGAGAAAAGUAUUGAAAAUUAUGAGGUUUCUCAAAAGAAAAAACAGCAUGAAAUUGAGAAAGUCGAGAAAAGGAAAGAGAAAGCGGAGGAAUUGUUGAAAGACAAGAAGAAGGAUGCCAGUAAAUUGGGCAGAGAUCUUGCUAAGAUAGAACAAGACAUCAGAGAAGUGGAAGUGGAAAUUACAAAAAAAAGACCGACAUUUAUCAAGGCCAAAGAACGAGUCGCACACAUGCAGAAAAAAGUAGAAGCAGCGCGCAAAUCCUUGGCUCAGGCGCGUGUUGCAGAUGAGGCUCACAAGAAAGAUAUACAUGAGCUGCAAGAGGAAUUACGGCAGGUGGAGGAAGCUAAAGCAGCUUACGAAGCGAGUAUAGCGGGACAGUCGCAGUUGCAAGGAAGAGAUGUUCAAUUGGAAGACGAACAGGUGCGAGAAUAUAAUCGUUUGAAAGAAGAAGCCGGCAAACAAUCAGCCAGGUAUCUUCAAAUGCUCGACUCGAUUAAUCGUGAACAGAAGUCUGAUCAAGAUAGACUCGACAACGAGGGUAGGAAAAAGACUGAAAUAGAGAAUAAGCAUAAACAGAAAGGCCAUAUGCGGGAUGAGGCGCUCAAGCGAGUGGAGAAAUUGGAGGAACACAUAAGAACAUCUGAAGCGGCACUGGAGGACCAGAAGAAACUCAGGGCUGAUCUACAGUCUGACGUGGGCACGUCGAAGGAUAAGGUUCAGAAUUUGCAGAGGGAAUUAGAAAGCAUCUCGGAGCAACUGGGCGAUGCCAAGGUUGACAAGCAUGAAGUAUCCAGGACGAAGAAGAAGACGGAAAUCGUGGAGAAUUUUAAGCGUUUAUUCCCCGGUGUGUAUGAUCGCAUGUACAACAUGUGCGAACCGAUACACAAAAGAUACAAUGUUGCGAUCACGAAAGUACUCGGCAAAUAUAUGGAAGCAAUCGUAGUGGAUACUGAGAAGACAGCCAGACAAUGUAUCCAGUAUCUGAAAGAACAAUAUCUGGAGCCGGAGACAUUUCUUCCGCUCGAUUACAUACAAGCUAAGCCAUUAAAAGAACGUCUUCGCAAUAUACAAGAACCUAAGAAUGUGAAAUUAUUGUAUGAUGUAUUACAUUUCUCUCCUAAGGACAUCGACAGAGCGGUGUUAUUUGCUACUAACAAUGCUCUGGUAUGCGAGACACCGGAAGAUGCGAAUAAAGUAGCAUACGAAAUGGACAAAAAAGCUAGAUACGAUUGCGUUGCGUUGGAUGGUACAUUCUAUCAAAAAGCUGGUAUAAUAUCUGGUGGCAGCUUGGAUCUUGCAAAGAAGGCGAAAAGAUGGGACGAGAAACAAAUGUCACAAUUAAAAGCGCAAAAGGAGAAAUUAACAGAAGAACUGAGGGAAUCUUUAAAAAAAUCGCGCAAGGAAUCUGAAUUGAAUACGGUCGAGUCCCAAAUACGUGGUCUAGAGACUCGUUUAAAAUACAACAAAAGCGAUUUAUCUGCGACACAAAAGCAAAUUACGGAUCUUGAAGUAGAGUUAGAUAGUCUGCAAAAUGACCUGAACAUGUUUGGUCCUGCGAUAGCUGCUAUUGAGAAAACUAUGACUGAAAGAGAUCAAGAGAUUCAGAACAUUAAAGAAAAGAUGAACAACGUUGAGGAUGAUGUAUUUGCCAGUUUUUGUGAACAGAUAGGCGUUUCUAAUAUUCGUCAAUAUGAAGAAAGAGAGUUAAGAUCGCAACAAGAGAGAGCAAAGAAGAGAAUGGAGUUUGACAAUCAAUGCAACCGCAUCUACAAUCAAUUAGAUUUCGAAAAACAACGCGACACAGAAAGUAACGUUUUGCGGUGGGAACGAGCAGUUCAAGAUGCAGAGGAUAAGCUGGAGUCCGCAAGGCAAACCGAAUCUAAUCAAAAAGCUGAAAUUGACCACGACGAGACGCAAAUGGAGCAGUUAAAGUCUGCACGCAAUGCUAAAAAAAUGGAAGUCGAUCAGAAAGAAGACGAGAUUGGUAAAGCUAGACGUGAAGUGGGCACUAUCGCGAAAGACAUCCAGGCAGCUCAGAAGCAGCUUAACGCGAUUGAAACGAAGAUCGAGCAGAAGAAGGCCGAGCGGCAUGCAAUUUUGAUGCAAUGCAAGAUGGAAGACAUUGCGAUUCCUAUGUUGCAUGGGAAUAUGGAAGAUAUAGCGGGUGAAACGAGUUCAGCGAAUAUCAAUGACACAAAUGACACGUCGUCAGUGAGUACACAGCAACAGUAUGAACGCGAGAGCAGAAUUACUAUAGACUACGCGUUUCUACCCGAAAAUUUAAAGGAUGUGGACGAAGAAGAUAUCAAGAAGACAACCGAUAAGCUAACGAAAAUAAUCAACGAUCUGCAAAAUACAAUACAGCGUAUUCAAGCUCCAAAUAUGAAGGCAAUCCAAAAAUUAUAUUUGGCGAAAGAAAAGUUACAAGAAACCAAUGAAGAAUUCGAGCAGUCACGUAAGAAGGCGAAGAAAGCGAAGACGCAAUUCGAGAAAGUGAAGAAAGAACGACAUGAUAGAUUCAUGACAUGUUUCGAACAUGUGGCGAACGAAAUCGACCCAAUUUAUAAGAGUCUAGCGAAAAAUCAGUCCGCUCAGGCAUUCCUUGGACCAGAAAAUCCGGAAGAACCAUAUUUAGACGGUAUCAAUUAUAACUGCGUGGCUCCAGGCAAACGGUUUCAACCUAUGUCCAACCUGUCCGGUGGAGAAAAGACUGUCGCUGCGUUAGCUUUGUUAUUUGCGAUUCACAGUUUUCAGCCUGCACCGUUCUUCGUCUUGGAUGAAAUUGAUGCGGCUCUCGAUAACACAAACAUAGGAAAAGUUGCGAGCUACAUCCGUGACAAGACGAGUUCGCUGCAAACAAUUGUGAUAUCGUUGAAAGAGGAAUUUUAUUCGCAUGCUGAUGCGCUUAUUGGAAUCUGCCCGGACGUGGGCGAGUGUUUGGAGAGCAAAGUGUUAACGCUCGACUUAACUACAUAUCCUACGCAUAUUAACUCGUAAAAGUUUAUUAUUUACAAUGAUUUCUAAUUUUCUUUUUUUUUUUACAUUAUUGCAAAGCAUUAUUUUUUAAUUGCCUUUUGAAGAAAAGGUAAAAGAUUGUGCGUUAAUGAUUAAAAUAUUAAUAUAUUAUAUAUAUAU